CACCAUCUCCCCCGGCACGCACAUCCCAGUCGCCCAGCGCAGCGCCGGCCAAGCGCCCAGACGUCUUUCCGUGCUGGGCGUCUGCCGCACAUCACGCUCCUGCCCUCAUCGUCGCUCACAGCUCUCAGCUGCCCAUGGGCAAUGCGGCGUCGAGCGCGACGGGCUCGCGCCUGCCGGUGACGGGCCUGGGCAACCUGAUCGGCGAGGUGGAUGCGGAGCUGCAGUAUGAGAAGAGCAUGGGCAGCUCGCGCUUCCUGCGCGCCGUGCGGGCCCGCCAUCGGCAUGGGCUCGUCGUGAUCAAGGCAUACAUCAAGCCCGACAGCGCCGUCUCUCUGCGUGCGCUCGUCCGGCGGCUGCGAGUGGAGCGCGAGGCGCUCGCAGACGUGCCAAACGUCCUGACGUACCAGAAGGUCGUCGAGACGGCGACGGCGGGAUACCUGAUCCGCCAGUGGAUCGCGAGCAACCUGUAUGACCGGAUAAGCACGCGGCCGUUCCUCACGGCCAUCGAGAAGAAGUGGAUCUCCUAUCAGCUGUUGCACGCCAUGCGCGACGCUCGGCAGCGCAAGGUGCCGCACGGCGAUCUCAAAAGCGAGAAUGUCCUCGUCACGUCGAGCCUGUCGGUGUACAUCACCGACUUUGCCGCGUCGUUCAAGCCGGCGUACCUGCCGCUCAACGACCCGUCCGACUUCAACUACUUCUUCGGCACGUCUGGGCGGCGCACGUGCUACGUCGCGCCGGAGCGCUUCUACAGCGACCAGUCCGAGAUCCCGGGCGCCGAGGCAGCCGCUGCGGCGGUUGCAGACCCCGCUGCGCCGUCGCUGCUCACGCGCGGACAGCACGCUGCAGAGGAGCUUGGACUUGGCGCGCGGCGCAUGGGCCACGUCACCGAGGCGAUGGACGUCUUCUCGCUCGGCUGCGUGCUGGCCGAGCUGUGGCGCGACGGCGCGCCCAUCUUCACGCUCACGCAGCUUUUCAAAUACCGCGAGGGCCAGUUCGACGUCGAGCCGGCGCUGGCCGAGAUCGCCGACGCCGACAUGCGUGCACUGGUGCGCAGCAUGAUCAGCCUGGCGCCCGAGCAGCGCGACACCUUCGACGGCUACCUCUCGCGGGCACGCGGCGCUGCCUUCCCUGAGAGCUUCUACUCUUUUCUGCACCAGUACCUCGUCGACUUGCAGCGCAUCUCCACGGAGCGCAGCGCUGCCGUCGCCGCCGCCUGCGCUGCUGCAGCCUCCAUGCCGGGCGCCACGCCAAACUCUGCCACGUCCGCAGUGGCAGGCUCUGAGGCCGGCACCGUCGGGCGGAGCGGCAGCACCAGCGCAUCGCACGUGCUGCGCGCAGAGGCCGACGAGCGCAUCGAGCGCAUGUUCGAAGAGUGGGCCGCAAUCACGCGCUUCCUCGAGCCGAGCAAGCCAGCGAGAGACGGCCUGCCGCCACUCUCGCGACCAAAGCGCGCCACUGAGCCGACAGCGAGCCCGCAGCCGGCGCCGCUGGACGCAGCCUUUGCCGAUCUGCCGACGGAGAGCAGCUCAGUAGCGGGCGACAAGCAGGCGGCGGAGCGUGUGCUGCCAAUGCAGCUCGCCAUCCCGGGCCUCACUCGGCAGACGCUCCGGCGAGCCGAGCCGCCGCCGGACGAAGACGGCCCGGCGCUGCUCAUCCUCUCGCCGCUGCUGGCCAACAUCCGCAGCGCGCUGCGGCCCUCCAGCAAGAUCCAUGCGCUUGAUCUGCUCCUGCAUCUCUCUGCCGGCUGGCUGACCGACGAGACGAUGCUCGACCGCGUGCUGCCCUACGUGCUCGCGCUCUUCGAGGACGUAGCUGUUGUGCGCACCGCGGCUGUGCGAGCCUGCGCACAGCUGCUCAUGCUCGUCGAGACGAUCAGUCCCGCCAACGCCAGCGUCUUUCCCGAGUACAUCGUGCCGACGCUGCGCCGCCUGGCGAUGGACGUCUCGCCGAACGUACGCGCCAUGUACGCCGAGUGCAUCGUCGAGCUGUGUCAUGCCGGCGAUCGCUUCUUGCAGCUGGCGCAGGCGAUGCGCGCCGCCGGCAUGUUCGCGCUGGAGGGCGACGCAGACGGCGCAGACGGGCCGCGCACUGCCGCAGACGACGACUUCCUCGACGCGGCGUCGGAAGAGGCCAGCUACGAGACGCAGCUGGCAUCGUUGCGUGCCUUCUUCCAGGACCAGGUGACGACGCUGCUGACGGACCCGUCUGCGGCCGUCAAGCGCUCGCUGCUCGCCAACAUCGGGCCGCUGUGCUCCUUCUUCGGCCGUGUGGCGACCAACGACGUGCUGCUCAGCCACAUGAUCACCUACCUCAACGACCGCUCGUGGCUGCUGCGCCACGCCUUCUUCGAGGCCAUCGUCGGCGUGGCGCGCACGGCUGGGCAGCGCAGCGUCGAAGAGUACGUGCUGCCUCUUAUGCUGCAGGCGCUCUCCGACCCCGAGGAGUUUGUCGUCCUGCGCGUGCUGGAGAGCCUGGCAUGCCUGGCAUCCGAGGAGACCGAGGACGACGAGGGCGCCAACGUCGCGCUGCUCUCGCGGCCAAUGUCGCUGGAUGUCGUGUCUGCGGCGAGCGGCUUCCUGUGCCAUCCCAACUACUGGCUGCGCUUGAGUGCCGCCACGCUGGUCCACAAGGUCGUGGCGCGCCUCUCUCCGACAGACGUCUGGGCGCUAGUGUACCCCUCGAUCCGCCCGCUCCUGCGAGCAGACGUGGCGGCGAUGGACGAGCUCACGCUCAUUGAGUCGCUGCGGCCGCCACUGAGCCGACCGGUGCUCAGCGCGGCGGUGCAGUGGGCCGCACGCGUCAACAAGACGACGUUCUGGAAGCCGCCGGCCGACGUCAAGCAGCGCGCCGGCCUCGGCAACGAGAUUGCGCGCGAGGGCCUCUCGCUCGUGGCUGGACGUGCCGGGCGCGCGCUCAGCAGAACGCCGAUUCCGCGCAGCGAAGAAGACGACGGCUACCUCGACAAGCUGCGCGCGCUGGGCUUGGGCCCCGACGACGAGGUCAAGCUCGUCGCGAUGCGCGACUAUCUGUGGAAGCUGGCGCGCCAGUCAAACGCUCGAGGAUCCGCAGCGCUCGCCGCAGAAGAAGAGGCAUGGCCGGGCGCACUCGCGAACAAGAACGGACCAGCCGUGCAGCCGCUUGACGGCAUCACGCCGCUGACCAUCUUCUUUACGGCUAAGCCGUCGACGGCCAGCGGCGCGGCCCUGGCCGACGCGCUCUCUGUUGCUCCGAGCUCGGUGCGCUCUCCGGCGGCGAGCUCCUUCUCCGGCAACAUCGCCCGGCGGCGGCUCGCAGGCAGCCGAGUGCCGAGCGAGAUGGGCUCGCUGAGCCCGCUUGCUGAGCUGCGUCGCCGCAUGGACCAAAAUGUGUCGAGCCAUCCCGCGAUGCCCGCCACGCCCGGGCCGCUCGACCCCGGCCAACUGCAGAUGCUCUCGACGCCGUCGGAGAUCGAGCGUGCGAGCAGCCCGCCUCUCUCGGCGCAGGGCCGCCUGGGCGUCGGCAAAGCUGCGCCGGCCAUCGCAGCGUCGUCCGCGAAUGCUGUCGGGACCAUGUCCGACCUGGCCGCCCGCCUCCGAGCGCUCGAUGCCGCUCAGGAGUCGUCCAAUCGCCCGACGCCGGCUGGCUCUGCAGCGCAGACGACGAUCCGCGGCGGCACAGCACUAGGCAAGGGCCAGGACGCGCCCGACGGGCCCGUCUUCUCGUCCAACUACGCCGGCGACGACCCGUACAUCAAGGCGCACCUCGAGGCAGUCUUUCUCGCCACCUUCCGCGACCGGCCGCCCAGCUGGGGCCCACACAUCGGCAGCGGCGCGCCGCGGCGGCGCGGAGCGCGCUCUGUCUCGGCCAACGCGCGCGUCGUGUCGUCGGGCAGCAGCAACCGGCGGCCCGAGGGCAAUCUCAUCGCGUACUUCACGGAGCACUCCGGCCCCAUCUCCUCUCUUGCCGUCUCGCCGGACCACGUCUUCUUCGUGUCCGGCUCCGAGGACGGCUCUGUCAAGGUCUGGGACACGGCGCGCCUGGAGAAGAACGUCACGUCCCGCUCGCGCGCGACGUACACGGCCCAGCGCAACGGCAUCACCGCGCUGCUGAUGCUCGAGGGCACGCACUGCGUGGCCAGUGCGGCGGCCGACGGCAGCGUGCACGUGCUGCGCAUCGACGUCAACGCCGCCUCGUCGCUGCCCAAGUACGGCAAGCUGCGCCUCGUGAGCAACUUCCAGCUGAGCACGCCCGGCGAGCACGCGCUGUGCCUGCUGCAGGGCACCUCGACGAGCGGCAUCUCCACCGCAGCUGCCGCGGCCGAGGCGGGGCCGACGACGCUGAUGCUCGGCACGAGCCGCUCGCGCAUCACGAUUCUCGACCUGCGCACCAUGCAGGUGCUGCAGAUCCUGCGCAACCCGGAGCACUUUGGGCCCAUCACGUGCAUGUGCGCCGACAAGAAGAACAUCUGGCUCCUCGUCGGCACGCUCGGCGGCGUCAUGGCGCUGUGGGACCUGCGCUUCUCGCUGCUCCUCAAGAGUUGGCGCGUCGGCGAAGACGUGCCGCGGCGAGACGCCCAGCCAGGCGUGGUGCGCGUCAACCGCGUCGUGCUGCAUCCGAGCAAGGGCAAGGGGCGCGUCGUGCUGAUCGCCUUUGAGCGCGUCGGAGCAGGCAGAGAGCCAGGUGCGGCGAGCAACGAUGUCCUCGUCGAGGCAUGGGACAUCGACAAGGGCGUGCGCGUCGAGACGUUCGAGACGUGCGACACACCAACCGCAUCUGCGUCGAAGAGCCGGGCAUCUACUGCUUCCGCUGCUGCCGCACCUGCGAGCGACGCCACUCGCCGCGACAGCAUUCCGGCCGAGCCGGCCGACGAGCCCUCCGACCUGGUGCACAUCACGCCCCUGCAGAGCGCCGCCUCGGGCCCCUACGCCGAUGGGCUCGGCGGCGCUGCACAGGCCAUCGAGCGUCUUGUGCGGCUGCACGAGGCAGCAGCAACAGAGCCGUCGGACGCCGCGCUGUCCGGCCCACGCGCCUCCGCCAAGGCGGUGCUGGUCGGCACCGAGGGCUACUCGAGCUCGUCGGGCUCGGGCGUGCAGGUCUCGGGCGGCUGGCUCGACGCGGGCAAGCUGGCCGCCGAGGCCGACGGCGCCGGCAACGGCGGCAGCCAGUCGGGCCCGGCGGGCUACAUGCUCUGCGCCGGCGAGGACCGCUGCAUCCGCUUCUGGGAUCUGGGCCGCGCCGAGCGCAGUGUGUGCGUCGGCGCGUCGGACGAGCGCAGCGAGUUCAGGUUCCAGGCGCCAUCUGCGUCGCAGCGGCUGGCACGCCAUGUGCAUCGUCUGCAUGCAUCGUCGGGCAGCUCGACGACGCGCGCCCUCGCCCGCUCGCCACUGCUGCCGCAGCAGCAGGCGGGGCCGGCGCAGGCGCUGAUGCGCGCCCACACCGACGCCAUCAACGCGCUCGCCGUCAUCGAGAGUCCGUUCCGCGCCAUCGUCGCGGGCGACCGCAGCGGCGUGCUGCGAGUGUGGGAGUAGACGGACCGGCGAGCAAUGUCACCUUAGCGAAGUCGUCAG